AUGUCUGCAGGCGAGGCUGAGUGGCUUGUCACAGUCUGUCGGGGUGAUCACCUCAAGCCCAAGCUGCGAGAAAUUGUUCAACAGAGUGCUGCAGUUCUGAAACAUAGUCUGGGAGUUCUUGGAAAACACAGUGAUCUGGAGCUCAAUGUGAUAAACCAAGAUCUCAGUGCGAACUCUGAAGUGUUGGAUGUUUCUAGCAAACGGAGGAAGGUACAAGAUGGUGCAGAUAAUUGGAGCAAGAAGGGUGAUGAGAAUCUCCUUCGGAGCCAAGAACCCGUGUUACCUUUGUGUAAGGAGAGCCACGGACUGACCAAAGACAUGUUAUGUGGGAGCUACUCAGGCGUCUGCGGGGCAGGUCCAUGGAGCCGUGGUUGGCUAUUGGGGAUUUCAAUGAAGCAAUGUGGGGUUAUCAACAUUUUUUUUGCAUGUCCGAGACCUGAACGCCAGAUUGUUGCUUUCGGAGAUGCGCUUGCUGACUGCGAACUCACAGAUUUGGGUUUCACAGGUCUGCCUUACACCUAUGAUAAUGGGCGUGGAGAAAAUGCAAACGUGAAGGUGAGGUUGGACAGGGCUGUGGCCUGUCCGGAGUGGCGGGAUUUGUUUGGUGAUGCUGUGCUUCACCACCUAGUGUCAUCACGUUCAGAUCACUGUCCACUUUUUCUGGAAAUUAGAAAGGAGAGCUGGGAACGACAUAAACCAAGGAUUUUUCGUUACGAAAUAAUGUGGGAGCGGCUUGAGUCCUUACCUUUGGAGAUCAAGAAUGCGUGGUGUACUGAUGCCAAUAGAGAGGGGUUGGGUGGCGUGGUUGCUGCCCUGAAACGUGUGCAAUGUGCUCUACGGUCUUGGAGUAAGCAGCAUUUUGGCAUGGUCACCAAGGAACUUGAGGAAUUGAGAGCAAGCCUAGAAGAAGCGAGAACGGACCCGUUAUGUAGCAAUCGUGAGGGAUUUGGAGGAAUGGGGUUCAGGGACCUGAGACUUGUUAACCAAGCGUUGCUCGCCCGACAAGCAUGGAGGCUGCUAGCUUAUUCUGAUAGCCUUUGUGCUAGAGUUCUUAAAGCAAAAUACUUCCCUAAGGGCAAGUUGCUAGAUUCUGUUCUUGCGGGAGAGGCAUCCCAAACGUGGAGAGCAAUUGAGUAUGGGCUGGAAUUGUUAAAGCUCGGCGUCAUCAAGAGGAUAGGUGAUGGUAGAUCCACUCAAAUUUGGCGCAACAAUUGGCUCUCGAGAGGUCACGGCCUGAAACCAAUUGGUCCAAAGCGAGCGUGCAGACUGUGUUGGGUGCACCACCUGAUUGAUAAUGGUACAUGGGAUGAAACAGCCAUGCGCAGGUACUUUUUUCCUUGUGAUGCAUCAGAGAUUUUUAAGAUCAAGCUGCUGCCGUCUAGUACUUCAGAUUUUGUUGCUUGGCAUUAUGAGAAAAAUGGUUUGUUCUCUGUCCGAAGUGCAUAUAGGCUUGCUGUCUGGAAUGGGUAUGGUGUCGGUCAGAUUGGUAGCAGCUCAAGUUCAGAACAGGGUCGGGCGGUAUGGAAGAAGGUAUGGAGUGUUAAAGUCCCUUCUAAGGUUAAUGUUUUUAUCUGGAAAAUUGUCAACAAUGGUUUGCCUACUCGUGUCAAUAAGAAGCACCGUCAUCUUGAGCAGCAGGAUAUUUGUCAGCUGUGUGGUUCUCAAGGUGAAGAUGCCUACCAUGCGGUCAUCAGCUGCCCCCAUGCUGCUGCAGUCCGGGCGGCAAUGAGAGACCAUUGCUCUCUGCCUUCUGAGAAGGAUCUUAUUUGGUCUGGGCCAGAGUGGCUGCUACAGAUUGCUCUCAACUAUUGCAUGGAGGCAUUGACUAGCUUCUUUCUGCUUCUCUGGCAUACUUGGACCAUACGGAAGAAAAUUAUACAUGAGGGGGCUUCAGCUUGUAUUGGGAGCUCUGUCAUCUUUUUGAAUCAUUACAUGCACUCACUAUUCACUAUCCGGCAACAGGGAGACCCUCUAGAUAACAAAGGCAAACACAGUCUGAUACCGACUGAGUAA